AUGACGACACAAAUGAUUGUCAAACAAGAACUGAACGUCCAAAGUGGCCACAAUUGUCACAGAUAUCUUUCUCAUAGGAGACCUGUACAGGUAUGCUGGUGUCCAGGUUUACCGAAACAGCGUCUCAAUCCAGCGUCAAGGCUAAUAAUCCUGCAGCAUCCAGCAGAGGCUAAGCGCUGUUUACGUACGGUACCAAUGCUCACAUUGGCAUUAGAAUCGGGAAAGUGCCUAAUUUUUAGAGGAAAGAAGUUCCCGUUGCCUAAGCACGAAGGCCUGGCAGAGAUAUUAAAUGACGAUAAUACUAUUUUACUAUACCCAUCGCCUGGCGCUGUGGCACUGGACAUGCUGGAUCCAGUUGGGAUUAACAAACAGAAAGCAUAUAACUUAGUUCUGCUGGAUGGAACAUGGCCACAAGCAAAAGCGAUAUAUCACUCGAGCCCAGCUCUGUAUUUUCUGCGAGCUUGCAAACUGAUCGGAGUGCCGACUAGUGAAUACGUGAUCAGGACACAGCCAACAGAAGGCUGUCUCUCGACGUUAGAAACAGGAGCAAGUGCGCUUUCGAUUCUGGAAGGCGAUCCCGAACUGAGAAAGAAGAUGCUGGGUCCAUUACAUUAUUUGUGUAGGUUUCAAUUAGAAAAUGGUGCGGUAACACAUCAGAGCAAAGAAUUUCUUAUCAAGCAAAAAACUUAUCCCAAAUUAAUAGGCAAAAGACUCGCCAAACAAUUACGUAUAUUACCGGACAGUACCUCAUAA